CAACGGGGAAAAAAAAGCUCUCCCGCAUCUGUUCAUGAGGGCCCUCAAUUGCAAACCAUAUUACAUCUUUUGAAUGAAUGUAAAAGAAUGGCCAUGAAAUGUCCAGCUAGUGGUUAAAUACCUGCUGAGCUGACGGGUAAUGUUGUGAAAGGAUUCUGUCUGAGUAGUGCGGAGAGUAUGUGUGCGGCGGUCAAGCAGCUCCUCCCCCAGUUUUAACGCCUGAAGCAACACAAUGAAUUGGGUCAAUAUCUGGCUGGGGCCAUGCCUGAUGAUCUGAGAGUGGACUCCGUCAUUGGAGGCGCAUGCUGUGUGCCCUUUAUCGCCCCAGCAGCCUUGUCUAUAAAGCCCUGUUCCGUCUGAUGCAGCGUCUGUCUGAAAAGCCGAUCGCAGCUGAUAAGCGUUUAUCAGCAAGGCCAGCGUGCUGAGUCAUAGCCUUCCCAACCAAUCACACGGCAGGAGCGUCAUUGCAGGCCAAGAAGUCGGUGCUUUUGCGGUUCAUCGCCAUCAGCAUCACUGAAAAAACGGCGACUGGGAUCUGGCCCGGCAGGAUGUGCUUUCAUUGACCCUUUGGACACUAACCCAGCCAUCCUCACUUAUCCUUCUAUUCCUUGCGCACCAGGUGUCCGCUUGAGAUCCAAGCUAGCCCGUCUCUCGUCUCCCUUCCGUGGCUGCGCAGCAACCCCUCCAGCAAGCUGCUACCGCCUUGGUUGGCCAAGGACGCGUUGUGGCAGCAGUAUUCCUAUCCAGACGUUCGCAGUUUGGAGAGCAUUCAACCUUCUCCCCAGCACCCUUCUACUCGUCAUUGGUCAAGUGGCAUCAAUCCUUGCCGAUUCCGCGCUCUCUCCGCCCUUCUCCUCGAAGCACCAUAAACGCAGGGCUAGGUAAUUUCCUGAUACGAAAUCACGACGUCACGAAUCCUGCGCAUCUGAUACCCACACGCUCUGUUUGUUGAUCCAAACCGCACGGCACACCUAUCUUCUCGCCUUAUCAUCCCAUCAUUCCCUCGUCGCCGAUCCGUACCCUCUCCGCCCGCGGCUUGGCAAUAGCAGUCCUUAAUAUCCGCCGUUUAUCAUGACAUCGCAAGGUUCAUCGCGCAAAAGACCAGCUCCCGGCACUGUUCCGAUUUCUCAACAUCCAAUCGCACCGUCACACAACUAUCCGGUUUCCGAUUCACAGCUCUCAAACGACCAGUUCCUACAAUGGGGUCAGGCCGGUCCGCCGCUGGUUAAUCCUCCAGGAAAUUCGCCUAUAGACCCGUAUCAGUCUGUUCCUCAUCCUGCAGAUAUGGGCAGCAUUCAAGCAGCAAGUCAACAGCUGGCUCGGAGACCGGGAAACCAACUCAUAGGCAGACCGAGGAAAAACGAACAAGGCGUAAUGACGUUGAUGGAACCUCCUCCAAGACCGGGAGAAGUAAUUGACCCUGCAACUGGAGAAACAGAGGAGCAGUUGGAGCAGAGAGCUCUCGCUGCUAAAAAAGAGGCACAAGCAAAGAGGAAACAAAUCCCCCCUUUUGUGCAGAAACUCAGAAGUUUCCUCGACGAGUCCAAGAAUACCGACUUAAUCAGAUGGUCCGAAGAUGGACGAUCCUUCAUUGUGCUCGAUGAAGACCAGUUUGCCAGAACAUUGAUUCCAGAGCUCUUCAAACACAGCAAUUAUGCCUCUUUCGUUCGUCAGCUGAACAUGUAUGGCUUCCAUAAAAAGGUUGGGCUGUCAGAUAAUUCGAUGCGAGCCAGCGAGAGAAAGAACAAGAGCCCGAGUGAAUAUUCGAAUCCUUAUUUUAGACGAGGCCACCCUGAUUUAUUGUGGCUAAUCCAGAAACCCAAGAAUGUCUCCCAAUCGAAAGCUGCUGCGAAGGGACCUUCAAGAAUGAAGACAGAAGGAGAAGGGGACGAUGGUGAAAACGAAGAAUACGUAGAAGAUGGCGGAAGCCGAGAGGAUAGAAGCAGAUUCCGAGGCCAGUUAUCCAUUUCCCCAGGGGAUGCAGCAUUAGCCAAAGAGCAAUUUGCGAACGUUUAUCGCGAACUGCAGAAUAUUCGCCACCAGCAGCAAGUGAUAUCCAACACAAUAAGCAAACUACGCCGCGAGCAUGAACAACUCUAUGACCAAGCACUUAACUUCCAAGAACAGCAUAACCGACAUGAGAAUUCGAUCAAUGCGAUAUUGACGUUCCUAGCUACCGUUUACAACAGAAGCCUGCAAGGCCACGACGGCGCUCAGGGCAUGAUCAACUCUUUCGCUGCUGGGACCAUGCCACAGGAGCAGGGCCAAGGCAAUAUCAUUGACGUUGGUGACUACCUAGGAAAUGUGGAAUCGAAUCUCAAUCCGGCCCAGCGACCAACGAAAAAACAGCCGCUAUUACUCAAAGCGCCUCCGGCUGGCGGCCAAGAACCCUCGCCCAGCCGAGCGAGUACAUCAUCGCCGGCAAAUAACCAAUAUGAUAUACAGCAGGGUACGAACAAUGGCCACGGCCAUAGGCCUAGUACCCGGGCUGGCAGUGUGGAGGAGUUAUUUGAGAGCGUAAGCCCACAGCAUACCGGUCAACCGCCGCAUCAGCAGCCAUAUACCCCUGUAUCUCACGCGCGUAGUCCAAGUGACGCAAAAUAUCCCCCUCAGCGCGACAUCAUGUCACUCAUCCAAAGCUCCAAUGCCCGAAGCAACAUGCAACCUGGCGCAGCGGACUUUCCUAGCGUCCUGUCUUCGCUUGAGAACGCCGGAGGCCACGUGCCACUUACUGCAACUCAAAGAGCAGAUAUGCUGCGUUUGAUUGCAAAUGAAAGCCACGCCUCCGACCCAUCCGCUAUAUCAUCGCCUAAUAACGCCCUUAUCACACCCAACCCCCCUCCAAUGCCUCACAGCUAUUCCACCCGAUUGGCCAACACCCGCGCCGAAAUCGACAAUCUGGUUAAAAUGCAGGCAGAGCAGGAUCGCAACGUUCCACCUCCCACACUUGAUCUUGACCAGAUCUUUCACAGCGGAGAUUACUUUUCUGACUAUGCAAAUAUGGAGCCCAUCAAGGGCGGAAUGGCGUCGGGAUAUGGAUCGAACCAGGGAGCACAGACGAAUACCCAAGACGACCAUAACAAUGAAAACUCCGGCGACUCGUUGGUUGCACAGGCGCAUGACUUGUUUGAUUUUGACAAACUCCAGAGCGACCAUGUUGGAGAGCUGUUUGCUGAUGGCAAUACGGAUCCUAAGCAGGCCCAGACGAAUAGCUUCUUUGAUGCGUAUGGGAGCGGCAACGAGGGAGGCAACCUCCGCCAAACCGGCGCUGGAGAUCUAUCGGGGAAUGGCGGGAAUCGAAUCACGGAAACUUUUACCAGCAGCGAGGCGACCAGCCCUGCCAACACAAGCGUUGAUGAAAAUCUACAGGCCUUGGACAACAGCAACGGAAGUUCGUUUGGGGCAAGGAGCCCUGUUAAAAGACGGAAGAGAGCUCAAUAGAAUUUUGGCCUUUUGCGGUAAUCUUGCCUGGACCUGAAGACUUACUAUGUAUCCGCUCGCAAACCUUGCCCCCUCCGACGUCACCUCUCCUAAGAUGCGAUACUAUCUCUCCCCCUUUGCUUUCGUUUGCCAUUUUUCCCUUGCUGGAGGCAUUUUGGCUUCUUUCGGGAGUCAAAAUACUCUCUUUUGUUUCUACGCACAAAAAGCAUGUAAAAGGUGUCUUUAUGGUUGCUUUGUUGGAUGCCGGUGUAGGGAUGGUCAAGAGCAAAAAUUGGACGGAGUUCUGUACUAUCAUCGUCUUCAGAG